AAUGGCAAAAUUAUUAAUAGUAGCUAUAACGCAUACUGUAAUAUUAGCAUUAUACGUUUUUACUAUUUACUGCACUUUUUCAGUGCUGAAAUUACCAAACUUUGAUAAACAACAAAAUAACUUUAAUGUUGGUCAACUAAAAUUUCUUACGGUAUGGAAUGUGAUUGCACAAACAUUAUUUUUCUUUACGAGUCUACUCAAUGAUAUUUUUGGAACAAAUAGUAAUAUUCCAAAAAAGAUGCCAUUUAUACGAAGAUAUAAAGACUUCUACCAUGCAAGUGUUGGAUUUCCAGUGGCUAUAUUCGUAGGAUUAACAUUCUGGGGAUUAAUGUUCGUUGAUCGUGAACUAGUAUUACCUAAGGCCCUGGACCUAUACUUUCCACGAUGGCUUAAUCAUCUAAUGCACAGCAUGAUAAUGGUUACAACUAUUUUAGAAAUGCUAAUGGUACCAAGACAAUAUCCUAAACGAUCCCAAGGUUUAGGAGUACUUACGGGAUUCAUGCUAAUUUACUUAUCUUGGAUGCACUUUGUAUAUUAUAUGAAUGGAAUUUGGGCUUAUCCUGUAAUAGAAAUUUUAACAUGGCCUUUCAGAAUUAUAUUUUAUUUGGCUCUGUUAAUGUUUGCAGCUGGUCUUUAUUAUGUUGGUGAAUUAUUGGAUCAAUUAAUUUGGGGUGAAUAUUUAAUUUUAUUACAAUCUAUAAUUGAUUAUCAGUCCAUGUCAUAA